CCGCCCCCAGUUUCCAUCCCGCUGGCUAUUCUCGUCGGAAUGGACGUAACGGCAGCAGUCCAUUCCGCGCUAAACCCUCUACCUGCUUCUCUGUCCGAGUCCCACCUCCUACUCUCGAGGCCACGGCCAUUCCCUUCCCUCUCAAACCCCAGCCGAAGGCGUCGCAGCAGGGGAAGAGGUCCCCUCCGCGCUUUUUCCGCUUCGGGAACGGGAGAUGGGCCGACGUUUUCGUGGAAGGACGUCUCCGAAUCCAUACGCCGCGGCUCUGAACGUUUCCGGUCCAGAUUUGGCGGCUAUCUCCGGGAGGAAACAGGGUUCGAUUUCGAGGAGGCGAGCCUCAAGGCUGGUGGGUUGCUUGUCCGUUUCCGGGAUGCCGCCGCAAAGGGCUAUGCAGCGGUGGAUCGCUUCAGGUUGGAAAUCCUCCCGCAAUUUAUCGAAUGGAAUAAGUGGGAAAACUGGCAGGACAUUGCGAAAUGGCAACCAAGACGUGUUGGGGCAUUGUUCUUAUAUAUUAUUAUUGUUUCCAUGUCAUUUUGGAAAAGCUAUGCAGCUAUAGCUACUCGUAUAGAUCAUCAACGCAGAAGGGAACUAACAGAGGCAUUUAUGGAGGCAUUGAUUCCUGAGCCAACUCCAGCUAAUGUUAGGAAAUUUAAAAAAAGCAUAUGGAGGAAGACAAUGCCUAAGGGUUUAAAAAUGAAGAAGUUUAUUGAAGGACCUGGCGGAAUGCUUAUUCAGGACACAUCGUAUGUCGGAGAUGAUGCUUGGGAUGAGGAUCAGGGGAGCUCUCAGGAUACUGUAGCUAAAGUUAUUGGCACCGGCACAAGGUUGAGCCCUGAACAGGAGAAAGACUUAAUGGGAGACCGACGUACUUCCGGACUUGGAGGCACUGGUGUAGAAACAGAAGAAAGUGGAAUUAACUGGCGAGAACGGCUAGGAAUGUGGAAAGGAAUUAUAGCAAACGAUAAAUUGUCUGAGCAGAUCGAUUCUGUUAAUGCUAAAUAUGUAGUUGACUUUGAUAUGCAAGAAGUGGAGAAAAGUUUAUGGAAAGAUGUAGAGAAAGCAUCGGGCGUACAGGGUGGUAGAGCACUUUGGAUUUCGAAGAGAUGGUGGCAUUAUCGUCCGAAAUUGCCAUACACAUAUUUUCUUGACAAGCUAGACUGUUCAGAGGUAGCUGCUGUGGUCUUUUCUGAGGAUCUAAAGAAAAUAUAUGUGACAAUGAAAGAAGGCUUCCCCUUAGAAUACGUUGUUGAUGUUCCUCUUGAUCCAUUCCUGUUUGAGAUUAUCUCAAGUUCGGGUGUUGAAGUUGAUCUUCUCCAAAAAAGCCAGAUUCAUUACUUCUUUAGGGUUGUGGUUGCAUUGGCACCAGGAUUGCUCAUUUUGUACUUAAUAAGAGAAUCUGUAAUGCUUUUGCAUAUCACAUCUAGGCGCUAUCUCUAUAAGAAGUACAACCAACUGUUUGACAUGGCAUAUGCAGAUAAUUUUAUUCUGCCAGUAGAAAGUGCUGAUGAAAUGAGAUCAAUGUAUAAAGAAGUUAUAUUAGGGGGUGAUGUUUGGGAUCUCCUGGAUGAGAUAAUGAUUUAUAUGAAUAAUCCCCUGCAGUACUAUGAGAAGCAAGUGCCAUUUGUCCGGGGUGUACUUCUGUACGGACCUCCCGGAACUGGCAAAACGCUAUUCGCACGUACUCUUUCAAAGGAGAGUGGCAUGCCAUUUGUCUUUGCUUCUGGUGCUGAAUUCACUGAUAGUGAAAAAAGUGGAGCGGCAAGGAUUAAUGAAAUUUUCUCUAUUGCUCGGAGAAAUGCACCUUCUUUUGUGUUUGUGGAUGAGAUUGAUGCUAUCGCUGGGCGACAUGCAAGGAAAGAUCCACGCAGGAGAGCAACAUUUGAAGCGUUGAUUACCCAGCUUGAUGGAGAGAAAGAAAAAACUGGUGUUGAUCGUUUUUCGCUAAGACAAGCUGUUAUAUUUAUCUGUGCCACUAAUCGACCAGAUGAACUAGAUCCUGAUUUUGUUCGCCCCGGACGCAUUGAUCGCCGCCUAUACAUUGGUUUACCUGAUGCUAAGCAACGCAUCCAAAUAUUUGGUGUGCAUAGUAGUGCUAAGAAGCUGGCAAAAGAUGUUGACUUUGGAAAGCUCGUUUUCCGUACUGUUGGCUAUUCUGGAGCUGAUAUCAGGAAUCUUGUCAAUGAAGCAGCAAUUAUGUCUGUUAGAAAAGGCCAUUCAAUGAUUACCCAGCAAGACAUUAUUGACGUUCUAGAUAAACAGUUGUUGGAGGGUAUGGGUGUGCUAUUGACUGAGGAAGAGCAACAGAAAUGUGAAGCAAGUGUUUCUUUGGAGACAAAAAGACUACUUGCUGUGCAUGAAGCUGGUCAUAUAUUAUUAGCUCAUAUAUUCCCUCGAUUUGACUGGCAUGCAUUCUCUCAGUUACUUCCUGGUGGCGAGGAAACUGCCAUAUCAGUAUUUUAUCCACGGGAAGAUAUGGUUGAUCAAGGAUAUACAACCUUCGGAUAUAUGAAGAUGCAAAUGGUAGUAGCACAUGGAGGCCGCUGUGCUGAACGAAUUGUUUUUGGUGAUAAAAUUACUGAUGGUGGAAGAGAUGACCUUGAAAAAAUUACAAAAAUUGCUAGGGAAAUGGUAAUAAGCCCUCGAAAUUCAAGAUUAGGUCUUACUGCGUUGGUCAAAAGAUUUGGAAUGAUGACUAGGCCAGAUAGUCCUGACGGCGAAUUGAUCAAGUACAAGUGGGAUGACCCUAAUGUAAUUCCUGCUGAUAUGACUGUUGAGGUGUCUGAGCUAUUUACAAGAGAACUAUCAAGGUAUAUUGACGAAACGGAAGAAAUGGCCAUGAAUGGUUUGUUGCAGAACAGACAUAUAUUGGACAUGAUUGCGAAAGAACUCCUAGAAAAAUCUAGGUUAACCGGAUUGGAAGUAGAAGAUAGGAUGAAGCAGAUGUUCCCUGUCAUGUAUGAAGAUCUGGCUGAACCAUUCCAGAUAAACAUGGACUUGGAUCGACCGUUGCCUGUAAAUGAUCGCGUGCGCUACCAACCAUUGGAUGUUUAUCCAGCACCUCUUCACCAAUGUUAAAGUUUAUCUGCUGGUUCCCACAGAUGAUGGCACUUGGAUGCAACUCUCCGUUCUUCUGAUGGUUUCUUAUCUUCUUGAUGUUCUACAAGGAAAUCAGCUAAUGACAAAGGCAAUUUACCAACAAUUUUGUUCGCCUAAUUCUGCAGGAUUCGAAGUUGCCUCAGAUUCAGCUCCUAGCAUCACUUAAAUUAUGACCGAGUUUUGGACUAACAAACAAAAGCUUCUGCCAGCUCACGAAAUCAUUGUUUCAGGGGGCCUUCUAAGCUUGGUUGAAGUUUCUGAAGUAGCCUAGCGGCGGGAGCUAGAGAAAGACUCUGAAAGAAUUGAAAAAUGAAGGGGGAAAACCAGUCAUUUCCAAUUUCCCAGCGUUGUUUCUUUUGGAUGUAUUUGUCGCAGUUACAUUGGGUGCUAGCUUCUUACAAUUGUUUGUUUUCUUCCUCCUUGUGCUAUAUAUAAAAAAUCGACAACACAGCUAGUCUGACAAAAACAUAUUGUUCGCGAACCUCUCUGUGUUUUGUUGUAGACAGUUUUGUCUUGCUCAAUUAGCGAAACAAACAUUCAGGGCUUAACCUCUAAAAAAAAUGACGGGAUAUUCCUAUUCAAACUCCA